CGGUGAAAAUACCUGCUGAAGAAAACAAAAAACGAUUUUUAAAAACGCCCUGUGACCUUUUAACCUGCUCCUCCAUCUUUCGGCGCCUCCCUCGGGCGGGUUUGCGGCGGCUUCCCCGCAAGCAGGGGCCGGCUGGGGGCGAGCAGCACCCCCCGUUACCCCCUGCAGCCCCUCCGUUUAAUUUCCCGGAGCAGGCCCCGGCCUCCUGCCCCGCCCGGCGCUGCGCAGCGUGCCGUGCCGUGCCGUGCCGUGCCGUGCCGCACCGCCCGCUCGGCUCCCGGAGCGGCGGCCGGGGAUGGCGGGGCCCGGCGGGGCGGCGGCGCCGCUGGUGCUGUACCACUGGACGCAGUCCUUCUCCUCGCAGAAGGUGCGUUUGGCAAUCGCAGAAAAAGCCCUCAAGUGUGAAGAACACGACGUAAAUCUGCCACUGAGUGAGCACAAUGAGCCGUGGUUUAUGCGUUUAAAUUCGUCUGGAGAAGUGCCUGUCCUUAUCCACGGGGAAAAUAUUAUUUGUGAGGCCACCCAGAUUAUCGAUUACCUUGAAGCAACAUUUAUAGAUGAGGAAGUGCCAAGGUUAAUGCCAGAAGAAGGGAGCAUGUAUUAUCCGAGGGUGCAACACUACAGAGAGCUUUUGGACUCCUUGCCUAUGGACGCCUACACACAUGGCUGCAUCCUCCACCCUGAGUUAACUGUGGACUCCAUGAUUCCAGCCUAUGCUACAAGCAGAAUUCGUAGCCAAAUAAGUAACACAGAAUCAGAGUUGAAGAAACUUGCGGAAGAAAAUCCAGACCUUCAAGAUGCCUAUAUAGCAAAACAGAAGCGCCUUAAAUCUAAACUGCUGGAUCAUGAUAAUAUAAAAUACCUGAAGAAAAUACUGGAUGAACUGGAGAAAGUUUUGGAUCAGGUUGAGACUGAAUUGCAGCGGCGAAAUGAGGAAACACCAGAAGAUGGAAGUCAGCCUUGGCUCUGUGGUGAAUUCUUCAGUUUAGCAGAUGUGUCACUUGCUGUCACAUUACAUCGGCUGAAGUUUCUGGGUUUAGCAAGAAGAAACUGGGGAAAUGGAAAACGGCCCAACUUGGAAGCCUAUUAUGAGCGUGUCGUGAAGAGAAAAGCAUUUUACAAAGUUUUAGGACAUGUCAACAAUAUAUUAAUCUCAGCAGUUCUGCCAACUGCGUUUCGAGUGGCCAAGAAAAGAGCGCCCAGAGUUCUUGGCACCACCCUGCUGGUCGGCACGCUGGCAGGAAUGGCUUAUUUUGUUUUCGUGUGUCUUCGGAAGAGAUUUGCCAACAUGAUGUUGUCAAUUAGAACCAGACAAAAUUAUUUUUAGACCUGUUUGUCCCCGGUGGUGAGUGGAGGUCAUCUCUACCCCACUAGGAGACUAUCCCCAGUAAAAUACAAGCAUAUAAGAAAGGCUGUGUCUGUGAAUUAGAACAUUGUCACACAGUAAUCAUCUCCUGCUGUUGUAUAAUUGGAUUGGCAUUGCUGAGAUAUUUGCAGAAAAUAUAUGUUGAGGGGUGACAACAAAGGAAAGAAGAUACUUUCUUUUUAGAUGAGGAGGUAUAAGGGCUGUGAUGGUGUUUUGUUGAAGUGGUUAUUGUUUCGGUCUUCUUUACCCAUUAGCUGACCUAAUUAUAAUGUUUUAUUUAAUAGAUAUGCAGCAAUGUGACAGCUUUUCACUGUGGGUGAAAUGCAUUACUGUGCAGAAACCAGCACUGAAAUACUGAAAACAGCACUUAGCUUAAGUGCUCGGAGCAGGAUUUGGGUGGAACACAGGCUCAGUGCCUUCAGAGCUAAGUGUCCCUGUACUGAUGAAUGUCUUGGUUCACAGUUGGACCUUUAGGAAUGUGUUACAAAGCAGCCUUGUAAAGCCACUUUUUUCACAGUAUGUUCAUGCAGUAGUGUAGGAAGAGACCUGAAAUGCAUAUAAACGGGAAUGAUUUGUGGGCCAUUCAAGUGAAAUUCUGUAGAGGUGUCAGCAGGUUCUGGACUUCCAUUGAUACACAGAUGGGUGAGAAGAACCUGACACUUGUCUUUUAAAUGUCUUUUGGGUAGCUUUUGGCCCAGCCAGAUACUCAGCUCAGCUAGCAGCCCUGGCUCAGUCAUACCACUGCACAUUUCCUGCUUUCUUUCCUAUCUGCUCCUUCUCUCUUUUACUCCUGUGGUGGCUUGAUACAGUUUUCUCCAUGUUAGUGUCCCGUACCUGUUUCUACUCUGAGCACUGGCUGGUUUUUGCACGCUACUAAGCUAUGUUACUAAUUGCAUGUGCCUCUAUGAAACGUUUGCUCACAACGUGCCACAGCCAACAGGGUAAUGUAUGCACAACAACACCUUUUGUAGAAGUAAUUUAAAAUAGUUUACUACGUUUCAGCCUGGUUGGGUAGCCUAGAUUCAAAGUGAAACAGUAAUUUAGCAAUCUGUUUACUUAGGGAGAGGUGUCAUAUUGGUGAUAAACGAAAAUACGGGUCAGUUUGGAGGCAGAUGAUUUGUACUGUGGAUUUUUUAUGAAGCUACAGUCUUGUAGGUAAGGUAUAGAAAAACACUUCGAUACUUUUCACUGCUCAGUAUGUAAUGACACUUCUAUUAAGUUUGAACUGAGCUCCUGUUUCAGUUAGGGAUGCCCAUUUACCGGAAGGUAGACUUCGAAUCAUUUUGCAGAGAGAAAGCAAUCAGGAAUGGCUGAAAAUUCUGAUGGCAGUCGAGUAAUUUUACUGUAUUCUGAUGAAUGUCUGAAAGCUUCAGAAUAUCUACAAGCUGUAUAUAACUACAACAAGCAAAACACAGCUUUUGGUGUUUGCCUGUCAGCAGCCAGUGCUAACAGACCUAAGAGCAUUUUCUAUCCAGUGCUGGUAGCUGUGGACAUCCCCUAUAAUUACUUUUGAGCACUGAGAAGACCCUCACUCAAGUUUGCUGGGGAGAGCAGAGGCAGUUUCUGUUUUGACAGUCUCACUGUCUUGCCAAUGUCAAAGUGGAUAAAAUUGUUGAAAACUCCUACUUAUAAUUUAAUAUUUUGUAAGUUCUCUAACAAAAUAGGACCUAAAUCUCAUAGCUCCUUUCCAUUAAUGAGAAAAUCUUACCUAGGAAGCAUUUUUUUUUUU